AUGCCAGUCGAAUUCAUCAGCCUGACCUUCCCCAACGCCUCCAACGAGAUCAACCCCAUCCCCAAUGCAGGCGUUGAUCCGGAGUUUCUCGUCCGCUAUGCCAGGAACCUGGACGACUACGCUUUCAACUACACGCUCGUCCCGUACGAUUCGUCAUCCUUCGACCCCUUCACGAUCGGCGCGACCAUCGCCUCGGUCACCAAGAACAUCAAGGUGAUCAUCGCCCUGAGACCGAACACGCUGUACCCGACCGUCGCAGCAAAGGCCCUAGCGACGCUGGACCAGCUCAGCAAGGGCCGGGUCGUCGUGCACUUCAUCGCCGGCGGCAGCGAUGCGGAGCAAGCGAAAGAAGGUGACUUUCUCAACAAGGAAGAACGCUAUGCGCGGCUGGAGGAGUACAUCCGUAUUCUCCGACGCGCAUGGCAGUCCGCAGACCCCUUCGACUGGGAGGGGAAAUAUUACCGGUUCAAGCAGUUCAGCAACCGCGUGCGUCCGACGAACGGCACCAUCCCCGUCUCCGUGGGGGGAUCAUCCGACGACGCAUACCGCAUUGGAGGCUCGUUGGCCGAUAUCUUCGGGCUCUGGGGCGAGCCGCUGAAGGAAACAAAGGAGCAGAUCGACCGGAUCUACGCAGAGGCCGCGAAGGCAGGACGGUCGGAGUCAGACCGUCCCCGGAUCUGGGUGACGUUUCGGCCCAUCAUCGCGGAGACGGAUGAGCUCGCCUGGGCCAAGGCGCAUCGGACGCUAGAUGCGCUAAGGGAAAACCGGGCCGCGGCGCAGGGCAAGGCACCGGCUGAUGCUCCGCCGCCGCAGAAUGUCGGGUCGCAGCGGUUGCUGGCCAUUGCUGCGCGCGGGGAGGUGCAGGAUCGCGCGCUGUGGUAUCCGACGGUGACGGCGACGAACGCUCGCGGGGCGUCGACAGCGCUGGUCGGGGCGCCGCAGACCAUUGCGGAUUCGAUUCUGGAUUAUGUCGAUCUGGGGGCGGAGCUGAUUUCCAUCCGGGGAUAUGAUAACCUCAACGACGCGAUUGAUUACGGGCGUUAUGUGCUGCCCCGGGUGAGAGAGGCAUUGCGAGAGAGAGAAGCGACGCCGGCAUGA